CGCGCCCCGUGAGACCCGCGCGGGGUUCCAGUCCCUGAGGGAGGCGGCGGGGACAUGUGCGCGUCCGACUCCACGACCCCUGCUGACCGUUGGCCCUCCAGCCGGCCCCCAGCAGAGCUUCCCUUGCGCCCUUCCCCUCGUCUCCUUCUCGGCUCUGGUCCCAACACCCUCGCUCCGGGCCGGGGAGCGGGGAGGAGACCUCCAGCUUGACGCCCGGGGCCGCCCGCUGGCCUCGAGUCGGUCCGCCCCGGGGCGUGAGGACGGGGGCGGGGCUGCGGACUUAGGACUUGGGACUCCCGCCCCGAAGCUGCUGCUUCUAGAGCCCAGCAGGCAACCUAGGCUGGCCCAGAGCGAGCCAUGACCGCGCUGUGGGGCCUCUGGCCCCCGGGGCAGGACACCUGCACCUCGCUGGGGCUGAUGCUGUCGCUCGUGCUGUUGAUGGGGUUGGCCCGCGUGGUCACCCGGCAGCGGCUGCACAGGUUCAUGAUGGCCCACACCUUCGUCUUGGAGUUUCUGGCCACUUUCCAGCUCUGCUGCUGCACCCAUGAGCUGCAACUGCUGAGCGAGCAGGAACCCGUGCACCCCACCUGGCCGCUAACGCUAACCUACUUCUUUUCGCUGGUGCACGGCCUGACUCUGGUGGGCACCUCUACCAACCCGUGCGGCGUGAUGAUGCAGAUGUUGCUGGGGGGAAUGUCCCCCGAGACCGGUGCGAUUAGGCUGUUGGCUCAGCUGAUUGGUGCCCUGUGCAGCAGAUACUGCAUAAGCGCCCUUUGGGGCCUGGGGCUGACCAAGUACCACCUCAACGAGAGGACCUUCGCUUGCAGAAAUCCUAUUCAAGUCGACUUGCCCAAAGCGGUCAUCACAGAAGCCAUCUGCUCCUUUAUUUUCCACAGCGCUCUGUUGCACUUCCAGGAGAUCCGAACCAAGCUUCGUAUCCACCUGCUGGCAGCACUCAUCACCUUUUUGGUCUAUGCAGGAGGAAGUCUAACAGGAGCUGUAUUUAAUCCAGCUUUGGCACUUUCACUACAUUUCACGUGUUUUGAUGAAGCAUUCCUUCGAUUUUUUAUAGUAUAUUGGCUCGCUCCUUCUUUAGGUAUAUUGUUGAUGAUUUUGAUGUUCAGCUUUUUCCUUCCAUGGCUGUAUAACCACCAUGCAAUUAAUAAAAGGGAGUAACUAUUCCAAGACUCAGACUCAGUUACAGGACUGUCAAGCUGGAUGUGAUAUUUAUGUGAUAUCUUAUCACCUCAUAUUCAACAUACUGGCUACACUGGACUCAUCAAUGUUUAGCUUCCUCGGAGGAAGCUGCCUUGUAUUGUCAUCACUGGAACUUAACAAAACCAAUUACUGUGAAAAGGAGAUAACCUGUGUUUCUCAGUUAAGACUUGUUCUUUUGAGUGUGUAUUAAAUGCUGGUAGAAAAGACUCA